AUGCAGUUCGGAAAAGCAGUCGGGACUGCUUGCAGCUCCUUCGCUAUCACUAAUAUUGACGACAUGUUCGUCUUGGCGGCCUUUUUUGCAGAGUCAUACACCAGUGAAAGUCUGACUCCGCUGAAGAUUACUAUCGGUCAAUAUAUUGGAUUCACGAUUAUCGUCGCCAUUAGUAUGAUAGGUUUUGGUAUAGCGCAGGCGCUUCCCUCGGAACCUAUUGGAUUUCUUGGUCUACUUCCUAUGCUGCUCGGAAUCUGGAAAUUGUUCGAGCUUUAUUUCGACGAUGAGUCAGAAGAUGACGAUGAAGAAAGAGAAGUGGGAGCAGUUACCGAGAAAUCUCAUAUUGCUACCGUGAAGAGCAUACUUAAAGUCUCUAUCGUCACAGUGACGAACGGCGGAGACAACAUCGGAACAUACGUGCCGCUAUUUUCACAAGCCCAGGGAGCAGAAAUAGCAGUAUACAUCGUUACAUACUACAUCCUACUCGGGGUGUGGUGCCUUGUAGCGUACCUAAUCAUGCGGCAGAAACAUAUACUGCGCCUCGGUCAGAAAUACGCCGGCAUAGUGGUUCCUUUUCUCUUCAUCGGCCUGGGGAUAUACAUCAUUGUCAAGUCCUCGUGUUACCCGUGGUCCAUCGAACAUAUUAACGAUUCACUCUCCUCACAUAUCGGAGAAACUGUCAUGGCAGUCGUGACGACAGGUCUUCUUUUGAUAUGUAUCGGUGCUAUGUUCUGGUUGAAGCUGCGAAAGAAGAACACGCAGCCUACUUCCGCCAUAUCAGGUGCUGAACAUGAAGUAGAAGCCCCAAAUGAUGACACUACGGCACAGCGAACCACAGAAGCAGAUGCAGAACAAUCGGUCGCUACAACUUUGGUCGAACCAAACAUAGUUCCUCGUCGUAUCGAAAGCGAGCCUUGCUAG